GCUAUAUUUAAAUAAUGCCAAGUAAAAAGAAAAAAUACAAUGCAAGAUUUCCAGCAGGUCGGAUCAAGAAGAUCAUGCAAACAGAUGAGGAAGUGGGAAAAGUUGCACAAGCUGUACCAAUAAUGAUCUCUAGAACUUUGGAACUUUUUGUAGAAUCACUUUUGUUAAAAACAUCAAUGAUAACAAAUUCUAAAGGUGCCAAAACUCUCAGUCCAUCUCACAUGAAACAGUGUAUUUUGUCAGAGAGUAGAUUUGAUUUUUUAAAAGAUCUUGUGAAAGGUAUACCUGAUGUUUCUGGAAAUGAUGAUGAAGUACCAACACCACCAAUGACACCAGCUCCAUCUGCUACUGGAGCUUAUAUAAAACAAGAAAUUGGAGUACCACUUGAUUUUUCACGUAAAACAAUGCAAAUGAAUGCAGCUAAUGCUUCAAUAAAAAUGGAACCAAUUGAUCCAUCAUUACCAUCACCAUUACGUGUACCAAAUUUUCAAAUAUCAAUGCCAUCAUCAUUUGAAGAUGUUAAGCCAAAUUUUUAUACUGAAUUAAAUGAAACAACAGCUGUUAAUAUCAAUCAACCAACAUCAAACUUUGGACAUACUGCUGAUAUUGAUGAAGAUUAUGAUACAUAAAUAACAUUCAAUUCCAUCAAAUUAAUAUCUCAAAAUAAAUAUAACAGUUUUUAAUUUAAAUGAAAAACAUAUUAUCUGGUCUCGACUGAAAUAUAUUGAGAUUGUCUCAU